AUGUCCCUUUACAAGACCGACGAAAUCUUAUCGACUCUGAAGUCGACGAAAAAGACGAUUGACAAAGUGAAGAACCCGGAGACGACGACGUCGAUGAUCUUUGAAAUAUCCGAACGCUUGACUUUUGAGACGUCAUUGAUGUUUCUGAACUUCUUCCAUUCAUUCAACGCGACAUACACGACCGGGGAGUUAUACUUUUCGUGUAACGAGAAUUUGAAAUCCGUCCAGGACGAGGCACAGAAGAGGAAGCAGGCGUACGUGUUAAAGCACAUGUCAGAGAAACAAACGGUGUUAUACUGCAAUUCGACUCUUUGGCAGAUAUUAGAAGCUGAAGGCCGACAAGCCAACCAAUUACCAAAAGUGAUAGAAACGAUCAUGAAUUACUUAUAUAACAAAGGAUGUACGACUAAAGGUAUCUUCCGAGAGAUCUACUCAGCGCCUUUAAAAGAAGUAGAAGAGAUAUAUCAUCGUAUGGGAGUGACUGAAAUUGAGGAUUUACCUCCGGACGUAGUAGCGGGCGUCUUAAAGAAGUUUUUGUUACAAAUGCCGAAUCGGAUCUUUGGAUAUGAAGAAACGAUGACCGCGUUAGAUAAAUGGCGAGGGCUGAAAGGGAAGAAGAAAGUGAAUGCGAGUGAACAACGGAAUUUAGUGUGGGAAGCAUUAAGAAUGAUCUCGUCGGAGAACAUUACAGUCUUCCGAAGCAUAUUAAAGUUGUGUGCGAAGAUCGAUUCCAUGUCAGAUGUCAAUUCAAUGACUCAUAAAAAUUUGGCGAUUUGUUUUGCACCAACACUCUUCACUUUUGCUAAAGAAGAAGGGAAGAAACCAGUUGAUGCGGUCUGUGGGAUAUAUCUUGUUGAGGCUAUCGAGUUCAUGAAUUUUGCGUUCGCAGAACAACCUCAUUUGUUCCCUUGUGAUGUCGAUGAUAAUGUAAUGCGGAGAUCAAGACGAAUGUCCGAGUGUUUAGUAGUCUGUUUAGCAGAAGGGAUGAAUGAUGACAAAGAGAUAUAUAAAGGAGUCGAAGACUUUAAAAGAGCAAAUGCAAAGAAAAUGACUCCUCUUAAAGAACCAUCCAAAAAUCCUCAACAAAUCGAUCGACCAAAAGCAAUCAGAGAAAUACCAAAAGUCUUGUUAGAUGAUAUUAGAAACAGUUCCCCUCAUCGACUGAUCCCAAGCGUUUCUAUACAUCGCCCUUUACCUUCUUUACCUAACAAAUCAAAUAACUCAAACUCAGAUAUCCCACCUCCCCUCCCACCUCCAAGAACAACACGACGCAAAGCUCAUGAACAGACAAUGUCUACUUUAUAA